CUUCUCUGGCCGCCCGCCUGAGGAGGGAGCGGCGCUGAGGGGCGGGAGGACGACCCUCGUCCGGCUUCGCGGGCCAUGAGCGCCGCCGCGCUGGUUUCCCCCGCGCUGCCCCCGGGGCCUCCGCUGCCGCCGCCGCCGCCUCCGCCGCCGGCUUCCACGCUGCCCCCGGGGGCCGCCGCCGCUGCUGUCGCUGCAGCCGCCGCCGCCGCCGCCGCCGAGAGCUAUGAGGAGGAGGAGCUGGAGAGCCCCGCCGAGGAGGAGGACGGCGAGCGCAGCGGACGCGCUCGGGACUCCGACGAGGAUACGGAAGAUGCCAGUGAAACUGAUCUGGCAAAACACGAUGAGGAAGAUUACGUAGAAAUGAAGGAACAGAUGUACCAGGAUAAAUUGGCAUCACUAAAAAGGCAGCUGCAGCAACUACAGGAAGGUACCUUACAAGAAUAUCAGAAAAGAAUGAAGAAGCUGGAUCAGCAAUACAAAGAGAGGAUUCGCAAUGCAGAGCUUUUUCUUCAGUUGGAAACAGAGCAGGUGGAACGAAACUACAUCAAAGAGAAAAAAGCAGCAGUGAAGGAGUUUGAAGAUAAAAAAAUCGAGCUGAAGGAGAGCUUGAUUGCUGAAUUGGAAGAGAAGAAGAAGAUGAUUGAGAGUGAGAAGCUCACCAUGGAACUGACAGGAGAUUCCAUGGAAGUGAAACCGAUUAUGACCAGGAAGUUGCGGAGGAGGCCAAACGAUCCAGUGCCCAUUCCUGACAAAAGGAGGAAACCGGCUCCAGCUCAGCUCAAUUAUCUCCUAACGGAUGAGCAGAUCAUGGAAGAUUUGAGGACUCUCAAUAAGCUUAAAUCGCCCAAAAGACCAGCAUCUCCUUCCUCGCCCGAGCAUCUUCCGACGACGCCAGCAGAAUCCCCCGCUCAACGAUUCGAGGCACGGAUAGAAGACGGAAAGCUUUAUUACGAUAAACGAUGGUAUCACAAGAGCCAGGCUAUUUAUCUGGAGUCGAAAGAGAACACUAAAAUCAGCUGCGUGAUCAGCUCGGUGGGAGCCAACGAGAUCUGGGUGAGGAAAACCAGCGACAGCACAAAAAUGAGGAUCUACCUUGGGCAGCUCCAGCGGGGCGCUUUUGUCAUCCGACGGCGAUCCGCGGCUUGACUGUCGUCUUCCUCUCACCCCACCCCGGCAAACCCUCGUAUUAAGGACAACCGGCCGUCUGCGAGAUGUGUGCUUGUGCCCCGUAGGUGUGAUCAGGCCAGAAACAAAAAACCAUCACCCUUCCCUUCCUUUGGAAGUGUUGUCUACAACCAGCUGCGUUUCCCCCCCCCACCCACCCGUGUUUCUCUCGCGGAACGCCCCGCCACCCGGACCGACGGUUCCGCUUUCUCAAGCGGGAGACUGCCAGGUUUUUUUUUUUCGUCUUCCCGUUAUUUCAACCUGUUUUAAAUGGUGUUUCGGUGGCGGAAGGCCGACGACCCGGGCGGCCUGGAGGAAGCUCCGCCAAACCCUCCUCCAGCGAGGCCAAACGUUCACCGGAGGAGAAAGCGACAGCGUUGGGACGCGUUAAUAAAAAGGGACGGCGUUUGAACAUGCCCAGGAAGUGGUUUGGAAACUCUCAGAACCCGCCCUGGAUUUCGCGUUAUUUAUACGGAAAGGAGUUUUCGCGGUUUUUCUUGAUUUGCGGCCCAAGCUAGGUUCAGAGCUUGGUGUGAUUUUAUUUUUUUCCAUUCUUGGUUUUGCAGGCAAAAAUGGACACACGGGGGGGGGGGGGCGGAUUUCUCUUCUUUCGGGGUUCCCCCCCCCUCCGCUGAUCCCCCUUCCCUGCUCAAAGCAGCACUGAGACCACCAGGAAGGCUGAGGAGGGUGUUUGUGAAGCUGACCGUGUCAGCAAAGGUACCACGUUUGUGGGAGUACCUUCACCUCCUUCAGUCUGGCCUUCUCCAAAGCCAGGAAAAAAAAACUUCGGUCGCAUCGUUGGCUUUGUGCAUGCAAGUUGAUUCCUUCUUUGACUUUCUCCCUUUCUCCCCCCACACCUUCCCCAAAUGUAAAUACUAAGAGAGUAGAGCUCGGAUCCAGACUGAAAGCCCAGGCUGCGUUUCCCAGCAUUGUACCAUUUUUAUGACAUGUUGCUCCCCAAAUAUUUUUUAAUCUCUCCGGUGUUGUGUGUGUCGCGUUGGCUUUCUUUCUCCUGGCUUCACCAACGCUGCCCAGGUUGUGUGGCUUCACUUUCUGGCUCCCGCCAUCGACCUUCUCUGAAGAGCGAAGGUCUCUUACUUAUUCCAGAUCGCUCCACAGAUGGUGAAGGGUGGAACGAAUCGAGAAAUUGGGUUCAAAAAUAAAAUACGGAGUCAUCCAUCACAGUUAAACCAAGAUUAUGCACCCCAUGGGCGUAUACGCCAAGAUUACACAUUCCAGAAAUGCAGUGAGAAAGGGUCAUAGCCGUAGCAGGCUGUAUCCUCAGGGUUGGGUGGAUUAUCUGACUCUUC